UAUGCUUUACAUAGAAAAUUAACCAGCGAAGCUCUCAGUGUCAGUGUUUAUUCUUGUCGGUGUUAUUAUUUAUUUAUUUUACUCGUGUUUACGGCUCUGAAGCGCUCGAGAGGACAACAGCUGAAACAGCCAAUGGGCGAACGGUUUGUUAGGGUGUCCGACAUUUCUGGUAGGAUGGAGAAGGUGGGGCUUUACAGAUAUACAGGAACUUAUUAUUCCUCCGCUUAUUUCCUACAUUAUUUAUGCCAGCUGGAGUGCACGUUGUGUUGUAAACGCGGCCCGUGUAUGUAAGGAGUGAUUUCGUCAUAGCCCAAAAGACACACAAAUGAAGAGAAAGCCUUGUAAUCCUCUGCGUCCUAAACGCAGCAGGCAGGUCAGUGCUAGCAGUGAAUGUGCUGCAGAGCCGGGCACUGUCCUGGGCUGCAACGCCCCACAAAACUCUGGAUCUGCCCCAGAAUCAACCGCACAAAUCAGACACCUUGCUAUGCCGCAGUACAGUCACAACCUCCUCAAGUUUUUGAAUGAGGACCGGACUCGACAGAAGUUCUGUGAUGUGUCGGUGUCAGUGGGUGGGAAGCUAUACAGCGCCCACAAGGUGGUGUUGGCCCAUGGGAGCAGCUACUUCCACGCUGAGCUGUCCAAAAAUCCUGCCACAGCGCACGUGACUCUGGACCAUGUGGAGGACUCUGUUUUCCAGCACCUGCUUGGCUUUUUGUACACCUCUGAGUGUGUUGUCGCAGAGACGGAUCUCCUGGCUCUAACCGAAGCAGCCAGAUUCCUGGACAUGAUGGAUAUGCUGAAGCUGCUGUGUGAAGAAGGGGACAACAAUCCAGUAUGUGCGAUCCAGGCACAGGAUGAGAUAAGAGGGUCUCCUGAGGUGGAAAUGAUUGCCAGUGACUCACCAGCAGGUGACACAGACAUCCACAGCACAUCUGAUGUUCAGUGCACUAUGUGCAGUCGCCAGUUUAACACCGAAGACUCCCUGCAGAUCCACUUGGCUGAGAGUCACACUGAUGUACACAAGGAAGCCUUAACUGAGAAAGAGAAGUCGGCAGGUCAGAAGCCUGCUACCACACGGAGAUCAGCGCGCAGGAGGAAAACACCCACCAAGUAUCAGAAAGACAUUGUGGAGUACAUUAUCAGCACUCCUGAGGAGAAACAAAGCACCGUAUCACCAAGAGAGCAAGCUGAAGAAAGAGUGGAAGACGCAGGGAAGCUGGUUGGGGAAAACCGAGCAAACAAACUGGACGUGAACGAGACAUCCAAACCGGCUCGUCGGAAAGACACAGUGGACGAGGAGGAAGAGGAAGGAGACGUUAAUGAGGACGUGGUUCCGCAGAGGAAAGUUGUUGAGGUUUGCUCAGCACACAGGAGUCAGCAGGGUUCAGAGGUAGAAGGGACAGAGCACCAGACUGUUCCAGAGGUAGAGGUGCAUGUACCAACAGCAGGAAGCUCUACCCAGAGUCCAGUGUACCCUGAGGGUCUGGCUCCAGUCAUCAUCCAAACUUCCAGCAAGAAGACUCUCAAGUGCCCCAAAUGUGACAAGACCUUUGACCGUGCAGGGAAGUAUGAGAGUCACACUCGAGUGCACACAGGAGAGAAGCCAUUCCAAUGUGACAUCUGUCUUCAGCGUUACUCCACCAAGUCUAACCUGACCGUACACAAGAAGAAGCACGCCAGCGACGCUCCCUUCCAAAAGAAGGAGCACAAAUGCCCCUUCUGUAGCAAACUCCAUGCCAGCAAGAAAACCCUGGCUAAGCAUGUCAGGAGAUUUCAUCCAGACCACAUCCAAGAAUUUCUUACCAAGAGGAAGAGGAAGAGUGAAGGCUGGAAAUGUGCCAUUUGCCUGAAGACCUUCACCCGCAGACCUCAUCUGCAGGAGCACAUGAUCCUCCACACCCAAGACCGGCCUUUCAAAUGCACCUUCUGUGAUGAAUACUUCAAGUCGAGGUUUGCAAGGCUGAAGCACCAAGAAAAGUACCACUUAGGUCCCUUUCCCUGUGAGAUUUGUGGCCGACAGUUUAAUGACACAGGCAACAGAAAGAGGCACAUUGAGUGUACACAUGGAGGCAAAAGAAAGUGGACUUGCUUUGUUUGUGGGAAAUCCGUAAGAGAAAGGACAACGUUGAGAGAGCACUUGAGGAUUCACAGUGGGGAGAAACCUCACCUCUGUAGUAUCUGCGGCCAAAGUUUCCGUCACGGCAGCUCUUACAGGCUCCACCUCAGAGUUCACCAUGAUGACAAGCGUUACGAGUGUGACGAAUGUGGGAAAACCUUCAUACGCCACGAUCACCUGACCAAACAUCAGAAAAUACACUCUGGUGAGAAAGCACACCAAUGUGAAGAAUGUGGAAAGUGCUUCAGACGCCAUGAUCAUCUGACGGUGCACUACAAAAGCAUUCAUUUGGGAGAGAAAGUUUGGCAGAAGUAUAAAACCGCUGUGCAUCAGUGUGAGGUUUGCAAGAAAGAGUUUAAAGGAAAGUCCAGUCUAGAAAUGCACUUCAGGACACACUCUGGCGAGAAACCCCACAGAUGUCCUGAGUGCAACCAGACAUUUCGGAUCAAGAAGACCUUGACAAAGCACAUGGUGAUUCACUCGGACGCUCGUCCUUUCAACUGCCCCCACUGCAGCGCCACCUUUAAAAGAAAAGACAAGCUCAAGUACCAUGUCGACCACGUGCACAGCACCCGUUUCACUGAGCAGCCCCUCAGCAUACUCAGUGAGGAUAAAGUAGUCUCCAUUUCUUUUGAGGAACCAUCCAAGUCAUACCACGCUGAACCUAAGUCAGCCCUCCAGAGCACCCCACCUCCUACAAAUCUCUGCGUGCCUGUCACUUUGGUUCCUGUCCAGAUGGCAGGAGGAGCACAGGGCGACUUGAACACUCACAGGGCUUCAUCCCUCUCCUCCCAAACUCACAGCAUUGUGAGCAUGCAGGCUCAAGGACAGCAGCAGAACUCUGGCUACCAGGCCGCUACAGACUUGGCAUUCUUAGAGAAGUACACCCUCACCCCCCAGCCCGCCAACAUUGUUCACCCUGUGAGGCCAGACCAGAUGUUGGACCCACGAGAGCAGUCCUACCUGGGCACGCUGCUGGGACUGGAUUCAGCUUCCUCUGUGCAGAACAUGUCUAACUCUGAUCACACACACUGAUGUUACUCAGCCAAAAAAUGGGCAUUUAAGGCGCAGUUCAACUUUUAACAGUAAUUUAACACGAAGAACGGAGGCUAUGGUAUUCAGUAUCUGCCAGUUAAUGUCCUCCAUGCAAGAUGAUUUAAGUUGAAUUUGAUUCAUUUUGGCUCUGGGAGUGCCUCUGCAGAUAACCUCUUCGAUGUUUGACCUGAUCGCACACCUUACUGUCACCAGAAUAAAAGUAUUUCUGUGACAUGGUCAAAAGGAAGAAAACUGUGUACAUCUAAUGAGGGCUUUUUUUUUCAUGACAAACUGAAAAAGUCAGGACUGGGAACAUUUCUGUACUAAUAAAAAUGAGGACACAAAAUUUGAAAUGUUACAAAAUUUAUGUGACGAUUGUGUUACACAUACAUGUUGACUGUUGCUUGGUGUAUUUUCUAUGUAUUUAAGUUUACUUUUGUUUAUCAACACAAGUCUGGUUUUUAAUCGAUGGUUGGAGUUAGAGUGUGUUUAAAGUGUUUACCAUUUUUACUGUAUUUCAAAAGAGCUGAAGUAAAAUUUUUAUCAGGUGAUUGUCAGAAAAGUAACUGAUGACAAUUUUGGUAAGUUGAUCACUCCUUAAAGUCAUUUAUCAGUUAAUAAUAGCAAUCACUUUCUGACUCUAGAGUCUUAAAUUUUAAAUCCUUUUGAUUAGACAAUAAAUUACAAUAAUGACAAAUAAAGAUCCAUAGAUGAAGUGAUAAUAAAAAGAAUGACUAGCGGCAGCCUUGUAAUGCUUAGUGGCCUUGACAUAUAUUGUAAUUUGUGUACAGCCUGUACAAGAUAUCACUCAAAAGUUUUGGGUUUGUAUCUGCGUGUAGUCAUGCCACAUACAAUAUUUGAGGCACAGUGACGGUAUUAGAAGUGGAUGUACUAAUGUAUGUGUGUAAGAACCUUUAAAAAACCUGUUUUAAUAAUUCAAACUAUAAAGUGGAGUGGUACCUGUUCAGAAUUAAUUGAUACAUUUCAAACAUAGUCACAUUCUGAAAUGAUCAAUAAAAUCUGAUUCUGAAACAUU